AUGGCCCAGAGAAAAGCGAAGAAUGAGAAGCAGCUGGGUGCUGGAGCUACUGCUCCUGAUGGUCCUGCAUUGGUGCUUGAUUAUCUUCCACACGCUGUGAAAGCUCUACGAGAACUACACAAGAAUAAACUAAUCGAAGGACGGGCUGCUGGGAAACAGAUAGUAUACCACGCCCUACAGGAGAGGUCCGACGAAGUGACGCCCGAGAUCAUUGCAGCUUUGCAUGAGCAAGCUGAGAAAUUGCAGGAGCAAGUAACCGGUCUCGAGGCUGCAGAGAAAAAGACGCGAGCGGAGCUAGCAACCAUCUGUGCAAGACCCUUGGUCUCCGAACUUCGACGGGAUGUCGGUCAGCUUGAGCAAGAACUUGAGGCAAUCCAUGCACGCCUGGUGCAGGCGCGAGGGAGUGAUGCAGGGACUGUGCCCGUGCGGGUGAAGCUGGAUGCUCAAAGAGUCUGGAAACAUUGGCAGAAUCAAGCCAAUGUGCGCGGUCGGAUUUGUCGCGAUCUAUGGCGGAUGUGUACGGAAGUUGUGCCCGACAACAUGGACCGGGAAGAAUUAUGGAUGAAGGAGAAUCUGGGAUUGGAAGGCCCUUUCCCCAAGUGA